AUGGGCUCCAGAGGUCACAGCACGCUCCCACGGACUCUCAUGGCCCCUCGGAUGAUUUCUGAGGGAGACAUAGGAGGCAUCGCUCAAAUUACCUCCUCUCUCUUCCUGGGCAGAGGCAGUGUGGCCUCCAACCGGCACCUCCUCCAAGCUCGUGGCAUCACCUGCAUCGUUAAUGCUACCAUUGAGAUCCCCAAUUUCAACUGGCCCCAAUUUGAAUAUGUUAAAGUGCCUCUGGCUGACAUGCCCCAUGCCCCCAUUGGACUGUACUUUGACACUGUGGCCGACAAGAUCCACAGUGUGAGCAGGAAGCAUGGGGCCACGUUGGUGCACUGUGCCGCGGGGGUGAGCCGCUCGGCCACUCUCUGCAUCGCUUACCUGAUGAAAUUCCACAGUGUGUGCCUGCUGGAGGCGUACAACUGGGUGAAAGCCCGUAGGCCUGUCAUCAGGCCCAACGUAGGUUUCUGGAGGCAGUUGAUAGACUACGAGCGCCAGCUCUUUGGGAAGUCGACAGUUAAAAUGGUACAGACACCUUAUGGCAUAGUUCCAGACGUUUAUGAGAAAGAGUCCCGACACCUGAUGCCUUACUGGGGGAUAUAA